UCUGAAUACCAUCCCUGACCCAUGAGCAGCAUUGGCAUGGGAGAGGUUGGGGAAGGUGUCAAGAACAAGAGGUGGACCUAGAAAGGAGCAAGAGGCUGAGGGGCUGUGAGAGGAGGAAAGGGAGAAAGGGUGAACCCUUGAUAGAAAAAGGAAGAAAACUAAGGCAGGGCAGAUUUCUUGGAGGGGGAGAUAAGGGGCUAUAAGCUGCCACCCGACUACUGCAUUCAUAUCGGAGAGCCACAGUCCUCACCCUAAUGCUUUCCUGGAGCUGCGGCUACUGCAGAUAGGGUCCUGCAUCCCUUGCACACCAGAGUGCAGGGCAGAGCUCUCAGAUUUGCCAUGGUUUGACUUGGAGCCAGAGGUCGGAGGGCAACAGUCCCACAGCCCAGAGCUGUGUUGCCCUUUGUGAUGUUUCAGCUCAGGUCAGUGUUAGUCUGAACACCUUUGAUGCACACCACUGCUCAGUGAAGGCUGGUCCAAGGGCUGGGCACUAAUUUGGGCCAAAGUCUGCUCCUUAUAGGUAGGCAAAAAUCAUUUUUCUUCCUUUCCCUGUUCUUGGUCACUCUAGUGCUGGCCAGCUCCUGGUAUAAAUUCAAGGAGAUCCAGAGUUAUUUGAAUUUACACCCUGCAGCAGCUGAAUUGUUCCUGUGCUUAAAUUAGCUGGAGGUCAGCAAUCUUGAAAGCUUUAUCCAUGUUACCCUCUCUUCCCCUCCUCCCCUUUGCACUCCUCCACGGAAGGAGCAAAGUACACACUUAUACUGUCUUUGUGAAGGAAAUCCUGGGUUAUUUGGGGGAAGGGUGACGCUGCCUUUGUGUCCUGUAAUGAUAAAAGGAAGUAAGUUGUAAAUAAAAGAAAAGGGAAGGACAAGAAGAAAAGGAAGGAGCAAAACAUAACGUAUCUUUUUAUACACCUGCUUCCCCCACUAAAACCCCACCUCAGAAGACACAAAGAUCCAGCUGCAAGAACAAUAAAGUGUCUGCAAGGCACCAUGGUGUCUCUGCAGUGCUGCAUUGCCCUGGCAAGGAAGAGCCAGAAAGUUGCUUAGGUGAAAAAAGGCAUUGGGCCACAUUCAGGUGAAACAUCAGCCUUUCCUUUCCAUUCCUAAUAUGCUCAAGCUGCUGGCAAGCAUGGCUGUGCUUAAGGGGGAGUGGGAAAAGCAGAGCCCCUGGAGAGAGAGCUCGUUUGGGUUGUGUCCGUGCCAAGGAGUGCAUUUGAAGAGAGUCCCACGGGGCAUGAGUUGCUGAGGUGCAAGCUGGGCCCAGCAGGAGCGAGUGGCAGAGGCCAGGCUAGAUUUGGUACGGCAGGAUUGGUACAUCGGCCUCGCCGGGUGAUAUGUGCCUGGGGCAGAGGUAAAGCUCCACACAGAGCUAAGUUAAAAUCUGAGCGCUCUGUUGCCCAGACACAAACAGGGAUGGCGGGAGCACAAGGGAAGGAUGCAGGGGUUCUCUGUCUGGCAUGGUUUGUGCUGGUAGGGCAGCACGGGGCAGGGGAGUUUGCUGAGUCAGCAACUCUGCCGAGCUAGAAGAAAAAUUAUUCCUGCCCCCUGCCAGCACUUCAUGCAAAUCCAGGAUACAGUUCCCAGAAGUGUCCCUACAUAUGUUAGCAAGAAGGCAACUGUCUGCACAUUUUGCAGUAAGAACAGUGUGGCAACUGAUGCAGCACUGAGCUGUGAGCCCGGGGUAAUGGAUCUCCUGAAGGGAAAGCUGUGGAGUACAGUGCUGACGGGCUUAAUCUGCUGACUGCCAGGGAGCAGGUUGUUCUUCCUGACUCCGAGGAAUCUUGCAGGCAAGACCCAGGACUGGAAGCAGGCAGACUACCAGCCACAGGGCUGGGGUCAUGUAGUGCAGUGCAGCCCCCUUCAUUACAGCAUCCUCAUUGCAGGGACAGCGGGCUGGGAAGACUACAGUUCCCAGCACCCUUUUGUACAUGUCCCUGCAAACUACACUUCCCAGAACCUUUUAAUGAGCCAGAGAGGAUAUCUAUGGGAAUAAAUGCCAAGGAUUUUUGCAUAACACCCUGCACCUCCGAAAUGCUGGCUAGCCUUUGCUUAGUGAAAAUGGGAACAGGGGAAAAGCCAGGGAGCGUCAGCACUGUGGAGCUGUAGUUUUACCCCCCCGCAACAGCCGCAGCAAUAUCCUCCAGCCCAGAGCAUCCUUCCUUCCCUCAGGAUUCCCUUGGUGGUCACAGGGAGGACCCUGGCCCCCAGGAAACACGGCUGCUGUGGAGGGAGAGGCAGAUAAACUACAGAUCCCGGCAUUCUCCGGCAGGCAGCACCUGCGGCAAUCCCUGCACACUGGGGGGGGGGGGGUGUGUGUGAGGAUGAGGAUGGAGGGCAGGGAGGAGAUGCAGGGCGCCGUGGGGCUACGCUGCACCUGGGAUAUCCCGUCACCCGCUGGCACCCAGGCCAAGUGGGUGAGGCUCAACGUGGGGGGCACAGUCUUCCUCACCACCAGGCAGACCCUGUGUCGGGAGCAGAAAUCUUUCCUGUGUCGCUUGUGCCAGGGCGAGGAGCUGCAGUCGGACCGGGAUGAGACUGGUGCAUACUUAAUAGACCGGGACCCCACUUACUUUGGACCCAUCCUGAAUUUCCUCCGUCAUGGGAAGCUGGUCCUGGAUAAAGAUAUGGCUGCAGAGGGGGUCCUAGAAGAAGCUGAGUUCUAUAACAUUGGUCCUUUAAUCCGAAUAAUCAAGGAUCGACUGGAGGAGAAGGACUACACAGUAACUCAGGUGCCUCCUAAGCAUGUCUACCGCGUGCUACAGUGCCAGGAAGAGGAGCUCACUCAGAUGGUGUCCACUAUGUCGGAUGGAUGGCGCUUUGAGCAGCUUGUGAACAUUGGCUCAUCCUAUAACUACGGGAAUGAGGAUCAGACAGAGUUCCUGUGUGUGGUCUCCAAAGAGCUUUACAACUCCCCCAAUGGCCUGAGCUCUGAGCCCAGCCACAAAGCCAAGAACAAACUGCCGUGGCUCAUCUUGCAAGUAUCUCCACUGUUUCUUCCCUUUGUCCUGCAUGCUGGGCCACAGAGCACAGAGGAGGACCUGGAAGAGGAGGAGCAGGAGGUGGAGGAGGAGGCAGAGGCAGAAGCAGAAGCAGAGGAGAAAGGUAUGUUACCUGUCCGCACUCUCAGCUCCCGCCAGCCUGAGCUCUGCAUGAGUGACUCACUUCCCUCUUGUGGCUGUUGCAAGCCAGAGGUCUGAGGAUGUGAUCCCGGCACUCCACUCCGGCCUUUUCAUUUCUUGUUUAUAUCUUUAUUUUUGUACUGCAGUGUACGGCAGCCCCUUGCCUCACAGUGACACUUCACUCUUCACACGCAGCCAUUCUUUUUUACAAACUCACUUGGGAGGCCUGAACCUCCAGCCCUGGAGAAGGGUAAAUGAUUCAUGGAGCCCCUGGGCUGUUCUAGGGGCUGGAGCCCAUGGCCCCCUCCCAUGCCUAGCAGCCUGGCUUUCCUUAAUGUCACAGUGGCCCCUGCUGGGGACACCAGUAAUCAGCCACUGCAGCCUGUGGUCCCUUCUGAACACCCUGGAUGCGACUGGGACCCCGAGGUGGUGGCAGCUGAAGAAGGACCAGUCCUUGCCCUUUGGCUGUUGCAGGCAGCUGGUCUGGGCUUGUGGCCAGAGGGCAAGUGCAGAGCCACAGCCCUUUUCUGGGCCACCUGCACUGCUCCUGGGGUGACCCUGCACUGGGUAUCACGCUCCUUGGUGCCUCCCUCCCUUGUCCCCCAAAGCAGCCCUGUGUCGGCAGGGUGAGGAGGAGACAGGCGUGGUGCCCGGGUACCGGGAACACCCUGGCACCCGAUGUCGUGACAGCUAGCACCAGGAGAUCCUGGUCUUGGGGAGCAGGGCGUUUGCAUCACUGCUAUGUCCGAGGACACCAGGUUGCAACUCCUGAAUAAAGUUCACAGUCUGUUCCUC